AAGUCAAAUGACUUCCGACCAAAACAAAACUGCAUCUGGAAAUAGAACAUGCAUCUUUUAAGACUGCGGUUCAAUGCCAAGAAUUACUGCCAGCCAAAACUAUGGUGUCGAAGUGUACAUUAUAUACAAGGACAAUCGCCUGAACCAAAGAUAAGGGAAUAUUUCUACUUUAUCGACCAUCAAGGCCAGCUCUUUCUUGAUGAUGCAAAGAUGAAAAAUUUCACUUCAUGUUUCAAAGAGAAAGAUUUCCUGGCAUUUUUCUUCAAAAGAUUAAGAUUGAAUGAGACUUCAAGAUAUAGAGAAGAUUUUCCUUUUUUAUCCCCCUGUGGCAGGGAACGUAACUUUAUACGGUGUGACGAUAGACCUAUUGUUUACACACAUAUUUUAGACACACCAUCUCCAGGUGACCUUGACCUCUUGUCAUAUGGAGGGGCAGGAACUUCACUGACUGUAAAAUUUGAACCUCAGAGAAUUUGUAUGUUACCUAACACAGGACGUGUGUAUCACCCAGCAGCCUCGGCCCUUGGUGGAAUUGGACUUAUCAAAUCUAGCAUUGCCAUUGAAAUCAGUCGAUAUUUUGAAUUUGAAAAGGGUGAAAAUAACCCACCUACCAAGUUCGAUUGGAAAGGAAAGACUUAUACUUUGACAAAUGAGCUCAUUGAUAUCAUGGACUUAAAUGCUGAGGAGGCUCGCGAUUUAUUGUAUGAACAGCAGGAUAAAGUUAGUUAGCAUUCACUUUUGUGAAUAGGUGUAUAAACAUGCAGUUUUUAUGUGAUGGGUGGAAUGAGUUUAUUUAUAACAUUAGCUAUGCUUUUCAUUGAUUUGUAAUAAAGGUAUUGCUAUUGAAGUGUUCAUAGAUUAAAAAAUUAUUAAAAUUUCUAUCUCAUGUCUUCAUUGCUGUGAAUGUAAGUGAUGAACUGACUCCUCUGAGCAUGUAAGUGAUGAACUGACUCCUCUGAGCAUGUAAGUGGUGAACUGACUCCUCUGAGCAUGUAAGUGGUGAACUGACUCCUCUGAGCAUGUAAGUGGUGAACUGACUCCUCUGAGGUUUGAUUGGACUCCUGUCAAAGGUGAUCUACAGUAGUGUAUGAUCACAAAUGAUGUAGUCUACACUUGGACAAGCCUCUAUAUGGACAUAUAUUUUUGCUGUUCUAGUGUGUAGACUACACUUGCCAUUGUUAACAUUAUAUAUAUUACACAUUAUCAUUGAAAAUCAUCUUUCACCACAAUAUUGUGAUAUAUGUGAAAAUUUAACAUUUCAUCCUUUAUAUGCAGUGAAGUUGUCAAAAUUAGAAAUGUUAACAUCUUAUCAAUUACAUAUCUAUAUACUACUUAUGUAUCUCAUGAACUUUUAAUUUUGUUUGGAACAAGGAUUUCUGUUAGCUAAAAUUUGCAUGUUACAUCGUCCGUCAGUUGGUUUCUCAUAAACCAAAAUGCUGAUGGUCUUGAUAUUGUGUCUGAGGGAUGGUGGAAAGAAGGAUAACAAAUUUGGUUCAAAGGAAUGAACCUGACCUACUUUCAGGGUCAAAUGCAUUUAAAUCUUUUAGAACAACUUCUCAAAAAUCAAGAUUCAUGACAUUGCAUGGGCCAGUAGCAUGCUGGGAUAAAGGUCUACCACACUGGUGCAAAUGAAUAACCUAGAUCUCCUUACAAGACCACUGGAGUCAAAUGUGCUUAAACUGUUAGGAAGUGCUACCAUGUUUAUUCAAAUAAAUCUUCUUUUUUUUCAAAGAA